AUGGAAUCACAGUUCAUUUUAAAGUUACCAGAUAAAUUAAAGAAUAUAAAUCUGUUGAAGGCUAAAUUAACUAAAUUAAAUGAUAAAAGUGUUGAAUUGGAGUAUAAUAACGAGAAGUAUGAAGGAUUUAUUGUCAGACCACCAACUAUAAUAGAAAGUCAUAAAAUAUUAGAUGGAAAGUUAUAUAAGAUAGCAGAUAUAAACUCAGUAGUUGUAAUUAAAGACAAAGAUGUUGAACAAGAAGUAAUAAAUAAAGAAAUAAAAGACAUGGAAGUGUCUGGAAUAACACCACCUAUGAAAUACUGUAAGUUAAGAAGAUUUAAAAAGAAUCCAGAAAGAUUGAAGUUAAUCAAGGAAAUAGAAGAAUCUGUACAAUCAUUAAUAGAUGAAGAUGAGAAGGCAAUUAAAGUAGAAAUUAUAAAUCCAGAAGUUAAAGAAGUUGAUGAUAUAGCAGCAGAAAUAGAGAAUGAAUUAAAGAUAGAUGAAGAUAUUAUUGAGGAGAGUAUUGAUGAAGAUUUUAUUGAAGAAGAAUUAGAAGAAGAAUUAAUAGAAGAUAAUAAUGAUGUUCUAUUAAAACAAAUUAAAGAAAAAGAAGAUUUAAUUAAACUAACAACAAAUCCAAUCCUUAAAAAGAGAUACGAACACACACUUAAAGAACUUUAUCAAGAAUUAGAAAAAUCUAAGAAGUAA